UGUAGAGAGUUGUUCAUCAUCUCCUAUCUUCUCACUCCACACAGAAGAAACUGAAACACAGUCUCCUCCUCAUCCAUCUUCUGAGCGAAAAAUGGAAGUGGCUCUUCUCUCCUUCUCGUCUUCCUUGUCUCCUCUCUGCCACCAGCGAAUCUCAACCCUAACACCCAAAACCUCGAAUUCCCCUCGCCUCCCGGUCAUCAGAUCCGCCGUGUCUCGUAACAAAAAGGAAGAGACCGUCGAAGCGGUCAAGUCCCAUCUCGAGAACUGCCAUCUCCUCGCCGCCAUCAACUACAAAGGCCUCACCGUCAAGCAGUUACAAGACCUUCGCAGAACUCUCCCCGACACCACGAAGCUCAUCGUCGCCAAGAACACUUUGGUUUACAAAGCCAUUGAAGGCACCAAAUGGGAAGCUCUCAAGCCUUGUAUGAAAGGCAUGAAUGCUUGGCUUUUCGUCCAAACUGAUGAAAUCCCUUCCGCCAUCAAACCCUACCGGAGCUUCCAGAAGGAACGCAAGCUUGAAGACAAUGACUUUGCCGGUGCCGUCUUCGAAGGUAAGUUCUACGCUCCUGACAAUUUCAAAGUUCUCGAGACCAUGCCCACUCGUGCUGAGGUCUACGCCAAGAUGCUCGGAGCUCUGCAGUCUCCGGCCAUCAAUCUUGUCUCUACUUUACAAGCACCGGCCAUUGAGGUUAUCAUGGUGCUUAAGGCUUAUAUCAAGAAGUUGGAAGAUGAGAGCAAUGCAUAGUUAAUAAGUAAGCUGUACUAAUCUAUCUUUUGGAGAAUGUAAUGUAUCAACAAGGAAAUUCAUUUUGUUUACGACUCAAAGCACCAAUUGUUAUUACAGUCACUCGGUUUUAUUGAAAUGUUGUUUUUUU